AUGAAGUCGGAACGGAGGGCAGUUUAUUUCCCGUCGAAGCCCCCGAAGAUGCAACUGUGGCCACUAAUCCUGGCUCUGCCGCUGCUGCCGCUGCUCGGCAGAUGCGAUGUCAGCCACCUGCCCAAGGACUACAUACCGCCCGCGCCAGAGGAGGAGCUGCCUCCACCGUCCGUCGAUCAUCAGGAGUUGCCCCUCGAACGCGAUGCGGAGGGACAUUCGAAUGACGCUGCCAAUGGCUUCUAUCCGAGCGUGGGUCUGCCUCUGCCGCCGGGCUAUGCGGUGCCCACGGGCAACAAUGUGCCGCCGCCGCCCGCACAGCCGCCCAACUUCCCGCUGCCCAUCUAUCCGCCGUACUUUGGCUUUGGCGGAGCCCAAAGCGGUCCACCGAAUGCGGCCAUACAACAGCCGCCACAAGGGGCCGGAGGACCCCCCUUCCCACAGGCUGGUCCGUUCCCUAGUGGCGGUCAGGGUGGCGGCCCAUUCCCCUUUCCCGGACAGGGCCCCACGUUCCAACCGCAGGGAGCUCCAUUUCUAGGACAGGGCGGUCAAUUCCCUCCACAAGGCGGUCCAUUUCCAGGACAGGGAGGUCCAUUUCCCGGACAGGGAGGACCUUUCCCUGGUCAGGGAGGUGCAUUCCCAGGACAGGGAGGACCCUUCCCAGGGCAAGGAGGACCUUUUCCAGGACAGGGAGGACCUUUUCCAGGACAGGGAGGACCUUUCCCAGGACAGGAAGGACCAUUCCCCGGGCAAGGAGGCCAGCCCUUCCCAGGACAAGGAGGCUCACCAUUCCCCGGACAGGGAGGUCCUUUUCCGACACAAAAUGGCCCCUUCCCCGGGCAGGGCGGCCCCUUCCCGCCCGAUUACCUGACGAGCCAAGGCCUGCCCAUACCUGGCUCGCAGUCGCCCUUCCAGCAAAAUUACGCGGGCUUUAAUGUGCCCAACGGCUUUGGGGGACCACCGCCACAGGGCGCUAAUCCAUUUCAGCAGUUCGGACCCGGCUUUGGAGGGCCCGGACCACAGCAGCCAUACGCUGACGAGCCGGAGAAAAACAUGGAUGAGGUGGAGGAGCAGGAGCAGCAGCAGCAAGCAGAGCCGCAGAAGGAGAAGGAGGAGGAGCAGCCAAGCACAGAGACGCCUCAAAGCGGCGACACCAUCUACGGCACGAAUGGCGGCUAUGUCUAUCAGCGGGCCAAGUGA